UUGAAGUUUAAAAUAAUUAAUACUCAAUUAAUCAUGUGUUAAUGGCUCACCUCGUUUUACGUAUCUCUUCAAUCCCCUCCUUCUCAAACACACCCUUAGACCUGAUUACUUACAGCUUGUACAAGUUAUGGUUGGAGGUUCAGUAAUUUCAGCUGUACCUUUUCACUCUUCUUUUCCAUCUUAACAUAAACCAGGCAGGACCGCAGGAGUUGUUUUGUUGGCACAAUUUGCGAGUUGGAUGGGGAAGCUUGAUAUAUGAAAUUGUACAGGCCAUCAAAGUCAAGCCGCUCUCAUGUCUCAUCAUCAGUCAACAGCCACGGGAAGUCAGAAACCGAUGGAAGAAUGGAUGUCAACUCAUCAGCCACAAUAAUCGACCGAUCGCCUCGCGCUCUUCUCCUCCUCCGGAAUCUCGGAUGGUCGGAUGGAGCCCGCGACGAGCCGGGCGCCGCGCAGCCGCUUCGUGGUGUGGCUGCACGGCCUCGGCGACACCGGCCGCGCCAACGAGUUCCUCGCCGACAGCUUCCCCACCACGGCCGCCUUCGCCGACGCCCGCUGGGCCUUCCCCACCGCGCCCACCGCUCCGGUCACUUGCAACCGCGGCAUGCUCAUGCCCUCGUGGUUCGACAUCCACGACGCGCCCAUCACUUCCGUAUCUGUAAGGGACGAGGAGGAUGUACUGAGAGCUGUCCAAAGCGUGCACGCGAUGAUCGACAGAGAGAUCGCAGCCGGGACGAAUCCACAAGACGUAUUCGUUUUUGGACUUAGCCAAGGAGGUGCAUUGGGCAUAGCAAGCGUGCUGCUUCACCCGAAAACAUUAGGCGGAUGUGCGGUCUUCAGUGGCUUCCUUCCCUUCAAUUCCUCUUUUGCUGUCAGAGUUACUGCACAAGCAAAGAAGCUACAAUGUGGCUUGCAGACACCCGUUUUGUGGAUCCAUGGGCAAGCAGGCUCUCUAAUCCCAAUCAAGGAAGGCAGAGAUGGAAUUAAAUUUCUGCGAGGACUUGGCAUGAGUUGCGAGUUCAAGGUAUACGACAGGCUUGGGCAUUCUUUGGAAUACUACGAAUUGGAUUACUGUCAGCGGUGGGUUGAGAAAAUUUUGCACAGGAGUGGAAGAGAAGGCCUGAUCCGUAGAGUCUCAAGGAACAUCUUCUUGUGCAGUAACCUCUUCAACAGUUCCUAAGAAGAGAAACCACAAGACACAAGUACAUCAAAGUACUGAAGUACGAAUUGCAGCUUCAAAACACAACUCAAGGCCUCGAGCAACCCGUUUGUUUCUACGGCUCCGUUUGUUUAGACUUAUAAGCGUCGAAAAAUCUAAACCUAAACAAAUAAGUUUCUUCGUUUGACUUUUCUAAAGCUAUAAGACACUCUUACACCGUUAAGUUAAAAACUAGGUUAAAAGAAGUUUUUUUAGGGCAUGUGUGAUUUAUAAGCUAGUGAAUUUAAAUUUAAAUUUAGAACUUUAAAUUUACUGGCUUAUAAAUUAUAUAAAGAAAAAAAAACUAACUUAAAAACCUAAGCUUACAAAAAAGUCCUAAAUGUAUUCUUUCUCAGGAGAUGGGUACACGUGCGUUGUUUGAUCACACUAUUUUCCUUCUAAUAAAACUUCUAUACGAGACUUUCAGUUCAAAUCAUGUGGAAUUUUUAACUGUAGCUUUAAAACUUCCAAUUUAAAAUCUAAAAACUUUCACACUAUUACUACCUACGUUUCAAAAUGUAGUAGGAUGAGACCCAUUUAGAAAUACGAAUCUGGAUAUGAGACUGCCAUAUUUUGGGACGGAGGGAGUAAUACUUUCGGUCUAGGACAUCCCGCUUGCGUGCAAAAGGGGCCCAGGCCCAAAACUGGUGAAUUCGUAGAAGGCCCGCACGAGCGGACGAAGCGCUAGGCCUAGGCCUGGGCGGACGGCGACAGGCGGGGACGGGGCCACCCACGCCGCGCGCUCUCUCGUCGCAUCGGCAGCAGCGCAGCUCGCCUAGGACGGAGGCGACAGUUCGGACGCUACACGGCACGGGCACGGCAGGAUGAGGAUGGAGGCGGACGGCGCAAAGCGCACGCCCAAGGUGUGAUCCGACCUGACCGGCCUCCGUUUCGCGUCUCCGUUGCCCACGAGGCGAUUCCCCCCGCGGCCUAGCUCCUUCGCUGCCCCGAUCGAUCGCUGACGCUGAACCCCGCCGGCCGCAUGGGCAUGGCGGCGGCGGGCGGGUACGGGCGCGUGCUGUGGCUGCACGGCUCCGGCCAGACGGGCGAGGAGAGCCGCGCCCAGGUCGCCCCAUACUUCGCCGCGCCGGAGCUCGCCUCCGUCCGCUUCUCCUUCCCCACCGCGCCCACCUCCUCCAUCCCUUGCUACGGUGGCGAGGUGAUCACGGCUUGGUUCGCCAUCCCGGAAGUUCCUAUUACUGCUAGAACUGCCAGAGAUGAAAAGGAAGUGCUCAAAGCUGUGGAGCGUGUGCACGAAAUGUUAGACGGAGAAGUAGCUGCUGGGACGAGUCCUUCAAAUAUAUUCGUUUGUGGGUUAAGCCAAGGAGGUGCUCUAGCCAUAGCAAGUGUUCUACUCUACCCAAUGACUUUAGGUGGCUGUGUUGUGUUCAGUGGAUCACUUCCUCUAAGCAAAACAUUUGCUGAGAGUAUACCAUCUGAAGCUAGAAAGACACCAGUUUUGUGGUUUCAUGGCAUGGCUGACGGGGUGGUACUGUUUGAAGCUGGGCAUGCUGGGUGUGCAUUUUUACAAGAAAUUGGCAUGCACUGCGAAUUCAAGGCUUAUCCUGCACUUGGGCAUACAUUGGUGGAUGAAGAGCUCCAGUAUUUUCGACAAUGGAUCAAGGAUCGUUUAUCUCAAGGAACUGGAGUUCCAGUGCCAUCCUUAUCUGACAAGAUGGAUCUCCAGUAGCUGCUUGUUUUUUUAGAACCAAAGGGCAGGAAUCCUAGGCCCCAAUUUUUAUAGCUCCUUCUUGUUCUUGAUGUGGAUAUUCUAGUCCAAUUUAUGGCUACCAUUCAUUGUUGGUACAUUGGUGCUACAUUUGAUGUACUGCGAAAUGCCUUUUUAUGUUGUGGAAUUAUGAUCUGAUAAAGGUUUAUGAUCCUUGCAA